UGUUUCAAGUUAUCUCUGAAGCACAGGGUUAUGUUUUUACACUAGAAGUAAAAAUCUUGCAUAUUCAAAUUUGGGGGUGUAAUGCAUAAGUACAGGAUCAACUUUGUAUCGUAAUUUUUCCAGUUUAUGAAUAUGAAAAAAAUCCAAUAAAAAACAAGGGAACCAUGUCUGUGACCUGCCAGCACACCAUGCGUGUGCCAUUCCCAUUGUCACACAUACAAAUAGCUUGCAAUGGUGUCUACCUGGCACUGCCGUUUGUAAGGACUUCCAUUGGAGUGUGGAGUUUGGACAAAUUAUUCUGCAAGCCUUUGGAACUUGAAGGUCAUAGGCACAAAGCAUCUGCAAUGUGUUUUGGACCUAGUCAUUUCCCUACCAAACUGUGUACAGCUGCUGAGGACUAUAUUAUAGUGUGGGACUUGGAGAAGGCAAAAAUUAUGAAAGACACUGGUCAACAAAUCAGAGGCCAAAUCAUUGGCACAACGCUUGGAUUUAUCAGUUACUGCUGCUUCAGUCCAGAUGAAAGCCAGGUGGCUGUGUGCAGAGAUCUUGAUGUGUUAAUACUCUCCUCUCUGGAGGAAAAAUUGUGUGUCACAUUAGAGGGUCAUGAUGCCAGAGUUACAUGUGCAGAGUUCUGUCCACACUAUUCUUCUACUCUAGUCACUGCCGCUGAGGACAGGACUUUCAAGGUUUGGAACAUCAAGCAGGGGUCGUUGAUAUACCAGUCCACCAUCAUUUCAUCUUCGCCAUUUCUUUGCCUAGCCAUGAAUCCAAGUGAAGAGCAGUUUGCCAUUGGAACAGCUGAUGGACAGGUGAGGGUCUAUGACCUCAGUGAUGGCAAUGGAUUCCGCUGUCUACAUCAACUAGAUGUUGAGAAAAUUAUUCAGAAACAGAAGACAUUGAGACACAAAGUAACAGAGGAGGAAGCUGCUUUAGGCAUUUUCAAGGGAAUUAUCUUCAUUCUCAUAGAGCCAUUGACCAUCAGCAGUCAACCAUCAUGGAAACAGUCACAAAGACCUGGUGGACAGCAGGAACAAUCUGCUGAUGAUGACAUUGAAGAGUCAGAAGUUGGGAGUGCAAUUCUUGGUCUUCAUUAUUCCUAUCAACAAGUUGUUCAAUCACAAGAGAAUGGAGCAAAACUUCAUUUUAUGAAACAUGAUGAAACACUAGUCAGGGACCUUUUAACUGCAGCCCCUUUGCUCACCAUAGGAACCACUGGGGCAGUGGUACAAGUCAAUGCUAAGACAUUAGAACAAGAUUUAUAUUUUAAUUUGCAAAGCCCUCUUAACUGUGAACCCAACAUGGAAUCCAGUAUUUCUGUAGCAGGAUCAUGUGCCUUUUCCUCCACAACAGAUUUAACCAAGACCUGGUGUGUGGUGGGCAGUCUGUUUGAAAAUAUAGCCCAGGUGUUACUAGUCAGUCAUUCACAGCCUGUUGACCAGCAGCAAUCACUUGACCAGUUGACCGGUGGUAUUGCUGGACUGUCCACUCAGGGUCCAGACGUAACUAAGGAAGAAGACAAUGCUCAAGGAGAUAUUACUGUGCUGUCUGAUGUGCCACUGCUUCCAAACUCAUUGCUGAGAGCAGAAUUAGUGCCAAAAUCCAAAGAAAGUAAAGGAAGUCCAAGUGUAAAAAAAGGUGUAUUGCUGCCAAGUAAGAAGAGUUCUGUGUUGGACAAUCAGCCAUUAACAUUUAAGAACAAGGUCAAAUCAUCGGGAUACACAGAGGCACCUAGGAGGACCAUGUUUCAACCUAAAACUGGCAGUUCAAAGGCCACCUCAUCACCAAAGACAGGGAAAUCCUCAGGUUUAAAGAAGCUUGAGAAGGAAUAUCCUGUCACCAGUGCCCCUCCAACCCACCUGCAUGUUAAACUGGACGUGGAAGAAAAACCUGUACCCAUUCAGUGUGUUAAAUUUUCAGAUAAUUGA